AUGUCAAUCCAAAACCGAAACGGAAACCCAAAACACAACACUCAGCCCAAGCAGCCGUCGGGGCAGUGUCUGCUGAUACUCAACCAUGACCUCAAGAACAUCAUUGACAACCGUGUGCCAGGAAACUUCGUCGAGCCCGAAAAAGGCAACGUCACCUACGUCCACGCCGUCAUCGUGGGACCCGACAACACGCCGUGCCAUGGAGGCUUGUUCCAUUUCGUGCUCAAGUUCCCCCUCGACAACCCAGCCUGUCCACCGCAGGUACGCUUCAUGACGACAGACGGUGGAAGGGUGCGCUUCAACCGCAAACUGUACAGCAGUGGGCUCGUCUCGCUCAGCAUUCCGGGCACUUUUGACGGACCUUCGUGGAACCCGGAGACGACCCUGAAGACGGUGGUGGUAUCGAUUCAGUCGUUGCUCAUCGAUGGGACGGGAGUUCGAAACUUGGCUUGA